AGCACGCAUGCGUGUUCAGAUUUUCUAAAAUACCACUAAGAAAGCAGUGUGCUUUCGUUGAUUCUCAAGGACCGCGCAAACUCUGAAUUUGCUGUUUAUAAUGUCAACGAGUGACUUUUAUUUGAGAUAUUAUGUCGGGCACAAGGGGAAGUUUGGACACGAGUUCUUGGAAUUUGAGUUUAGACCAGACGGUAAGCUGAGAUACGCGAACAACAGCAACUACAAGAAUGAUGUCAUGAUCAGGAAAGAGGCGUACGUACACAAAAGUGUGAUGGAGGAACUGAAGAGGAUCAUAGAUGACAGUGAGAUCACCAAGGAAGAUGAUGCACUGUGGCCACCCCCAGACAGAGUGGGCAGACAGGAGCUGGAGAUCGUCAUUGGGGAUGAGCACAUUUCCUUCACAACUUCCAAGAUUGGUUCCUUGAUUGAUGUCAACCAGUCAAAGGACCCAGAAGGCCUCCGCGUGUUCUACUACCUGGUCCAGGAUCUGAAAUGUCUUGUCUUCAGUCUCAUCGGGCUACACUUCAAGAUCAAGCCCAUCUAAGAGGAGUGGAUGGUUUUUUCUCUGUUGGAAAAUGUUUUAUGUUUGCGCCGAUUACAACAUUUGUACAUUUGCUUUUGAUCGAUUUGUCCUUUUUUUAAUUUUAAAUAAAUGAUUGGAAAAAUGCCAUGUUUUAAUAGCCUUGGUUAUCUAUACAUUUUUUAAGUUACUUACUGGAAGCCAUAGCUGUGGUUUGGUCGAUCUUGGUAGUAUGAAAAACAGGUUGGAGAAUUGCACACUACACUCUGUUGCUCUUGCCAUACAGAGGUCAGUUUAUUUCAGUAUUUAGCUGAGCACACAUGAACAGGAAGUUGUUAAAGGUGGGCUGAACUUCCUGAUUUAGCCUCUGUUUCAAUUCUCAUUAGGAAAUGGGACUGAGAAUGAGAUUUUGCGUUCUUUGGUCUGGGUGUUUCUUGAAUGUGUGUGUGUGUUCAAAUAUGGGACGCGUUUGUAUUUUCACUGCCGAAACAGUACACAGUCAGUCACCCUUCUAGAUAACUUGAAACUGUCUGACCAGGUCUUGUCUGGUAGUAGCCUAGACCAGGGUUUCCCAAACUCGGUCCUGGGUGUACGUUCUGGUUUUUGUCAUAGCACUACGCGAGUUUGGGAAAUCCUGGCCUAGAUUUGCUAGCCAUCUUCUUUCGCCAAUUAGACUUUGAAUAGCCUAUCUGUGGAGCUAGUUAAGGACCGUCAAUAAAUAAUGCAAUGUAAAUGAGA